GUUUUGUUGCAGUAAGCGUUCGAGUUGAACAGCUGAUGCUACCUGUUCAUGUAGUGCAAAGCAUGCUGAAAGCACUCAAGAUGAAUUCUGAAGAAGCUCGCCUGAAAUUUCCACGUCUACUCCAGAUCAUUGAGUUGUACCCCUCUGAGACACUGGACCUCAUGACAAAAGAAAUGAUGACAGUUCCUUGCUGGAUGCUGAUUGGCUGGAUCAGCCAAAUGGUGGCACUGUUGGACAAGCAAGAAGCUGUAGCAGUAAGGCACUGCAUUGAGCAGAUUGCCGAGUGCUACCCUCAAGCUCUAGUUUAUGCUCUGAUGAUCAGCAGCGAGAGUUACCAGUUUGAGGACUCGGCUAUUGGACACCAACAGCAGCAAUUUGUCAACAGGCUCAGGAGUACGCUGGAAAAAGGAACAGCUGUGAAGAACUUUGUUGAUGCUCUGCAGCAGCUGACAAAUCCUGACAUGAUUUUUAAAGAUUGGUGGGAGGGUGUGAAAAAUGUGUUGUCAAAACCGAGCUUUGACAUGAAGCAGAUGAGCAACAUGUAUGAAGAGAUGCACGCUUUGCUUGGUGAUUCUAACAGUGACAGUCAUGGAGCGUUUCGAAAGAAAUUCAUCAAAAAAUUUGCUAAAGAUGUCGAAAACCUGCUUGGACCUAAAGGCUGCAAACUGUUUGAGAAGAAAAAAGAGAGAGGUUUUUUGCAGAAGGUGGAGGAUCUGGUUGCAUCCAUGUGUGGAUUUCAGAAAGAACCUGGGAACCUGAAGGAAUACUCACCAUGGCUGAGUGGAUUUAAAGCAGACACAUUCAACAAUGAGCUGGAGAUCCCAGGACAAUAUGAUGGCAGGUCCAAACCCUUGCCAGAGUAUCAUGCAAAGAUAACAGGCUUUGAUGAAAGGGUGAAAGUAAUGACCUCUAUUCGCCAUCCCAAACGGCUGAUCAUUCGUGGAGACGAUGAGCGUGACCACCCUUUCCUGGUGAAGGGCGGGGAAGACCUCCGCCAGGACCAACGCAUAGAACAACUUUUUGGAGUCAUGAACAUUUUAUUGAACCAUGACACUGCCUGUGCUCACAGAGGCUUGCAGCUCCGCACCUAUCAAGUCAUUCCCGUAACCACCAGAAUCGGACUGAUUGAGUGGAUGGAGAACACCUGCACUCUGAAAGAGUUCCUGAACAAUGCCAUGACCAAGGAGGAGCAGCAGAUGUCAUGGAGACCUGCUGAAAUGUUUCAUAAAUGGCUCUCAAAAUAUGGUCCAAUCACCAAAACCAAGUCUGAAGUGCCAGCUAUCCAACUGUAUAAUUGGGCCUACAGGAAAGCGAAUCGUGCUGAGACCGUAAGCAACUUUAUGAAGGUUUUACAGCUUGUGCCCAGCGAUCUGCUAAGGAGAGCUUUUCUGACGAUGAGCAACAGUCCUGAGGCCUUUCUUUCCUUGCGCUCUCACUUCAUUAGCUCUCAUGCCUUGCUCUGUGUGAGCCACUGGAUUUUAGGGAUUGGAGAUCGCCAUCUCUCCAACUUCAUGGUUAACACGGAAACAGGAGGCAUGAUCAGCAUUGACUUUGGUCAUGCAUUUGGGUCAGCUACACAGUUCCUUGCUGUUCCUGAGCUCAUGCCGUUCCGGCUCACCAGGCAGUUUGUGAACCUCAUGCAACCCCUGAAAGAGUUGGGUUUGAUCCAGAGCAUCAUGGUGCAUGCGCUGCGAGCUUACCGGGCCGAACCAGACCUGCUGCUCAACACCAUGGAUGUAUUUGUCAAGGAACCCUCACUGGAUUGGAAGAACUUUGAACUGAAACAGCUGAAGAAGGGCGGCACAUGGACCGAAAAUAUCAACGUCAAAGAAAUCAACUGGUACCCCUUACAGAAAGUGAACUUUGCGAGAAGGAAACUGGAAGGAGCAAAUCCUGCAGCUGUAACCAGUGAGGAACUGCAGCUCGGCUUUGAGAAAGACGCUGCCUUCGCUGAACUGCAGGCUGUCACCAUGGGAACAGAGGAGCACAAUGUUCGUGCUAAGCUUCCAGCUGCAGGUUUGUCGGUGGAGAAGCAGGUCGACUGUCUGCUUGACCAAGCCAUGGACCCCAACGUGCUGGGCAGAGUUUAUGCUGGCUGGGAACCGUGGGUCUGAUUCUGUCAUACAAAUCCUAAUCUGGGAUACAGAUACAUAGCCAUAUUUAGGGG